UCCGGUGUCUUCUGGGACACAUGAAAGGUCCCAGAAGGCGCUGGGCCAUUCACAAAGCGCAGCGCUUCUUGCACAUGCGCAGUGGGCACCCGGCUGUACCCGCUCCCCCUCCCUCCCCAAAGGUCAGCAGUCUCUGGUCAUUCCCUUCACUGUCUGCAGUCUCUGGUCAUUCCCUGCACUGUCUGCAGUCUCUGGUCAUCUCCUGCACUGUCCGCAGUCUCUGGUCCGCCCCUGCACUGUCCGCAGUCUCUGGUCAUCCCCUGCACUGUCCGCAGUCUCUGGUCAUCCCCUGCACUGUCCGCAGUCUCUGGUCAUCCCCUGCACUGUGUCCACAGUCUCUGGUCAUCCCCUGCACUGUGUCCGCAGUCUCUGGUCAUCCCCUGUACUGUGUCCGCAGUCUCUGGUCAUCCCCUGCACUGUGUCCGCAGUCUCUGGUCAUCCCCCCUGCACUGUAUCCGCAGUCUCUGGUCAUCCCCUGCACUGUGUCCGCAGUCUCUGGUCAUCCCCUGCACUGUGUCCGCAGUCUCUGGUCAUAUGUCCCCUGCACUGUGUCCGCAGUCUCUGGUCAUCCCCCUGCACUGUGUCCGCAGUCUCUGGUCAUCUCC